AUUUUAUAUCUUGCAAUAAGGAUCGAGAAAUGGCUAGAGGACAGCAGAAAAUCCAGUCUCAACAGAAGGCUGCGAAGAAAGCCCAAGAACACAAGAGAUCGCAAGGACACGAUCAGAAAGCAGCAGCGCAGAAAGCUCUACUCCAUACUUGUACCGUUUGUAAAGCCCAGAUGCCCGAUCCCAAAACCUACAAACAGCACUUCGAAAACAAACAUCCCAAGAAUGCCCUCCCCGAAGAGUUGAAAGACGUUUGAUCGAACGACAACGAAAAGAACAGAUUAGUGUGAUUUAUGAAAUAUGUACUUUAUACACAGUAAGUAACACUAUCUUUCGGGGGAAAACAAACUAUUUCGAAAGUGGACAUUCUAAAUAGUGGAUGUUUUCUCAUCCCUUUUAUCUCUUACUGAUGUGGUUUGAAGGGGGAAUGAAAUUAAGGAAAGUGUUUUUUUCAAUAAAAGUUUUUUGAUCAUCA